AUGGCGUAUACCGUGUUGAUCCUGCUGGCGCUGAUAGCGGCGGGGUCCGGCGAGCUGAGCCUGUGCAAGCGGCACGUGUACGUCGCGCGCGCGGAGCAGGCGGACGAACAUGGCAGGAAAUGCUGGGACAACGUCAAAGUGCCCACUUGUGGGGGCCGCUGUGAUUCUAGAGAAGUUUCCGACUGGCAGUUCCCAUUUAAGAAGUCCCACCACCCAGUGUGCGUGCACGGCUCCCGGCGCCCCUUGGUGGUGAAGCUGCGGCAUUGCGACGAGGGUGUCACCAAGGGCACCGAGAUUUUCCACUACAUCGCUGCCGAAGAAUGUCUCUGCAUGAUUUGUUCAUCACAACACACAAGCUGCGAAUGGCUACCGCCACAUUCAACCAUUGUCGAAGGGUUUGUCGACGAAACGGAUAAAGACGAUGAAUGAAAGCAUACAUAAAUUUUAUCAUACACGGUGGCAAAAAAAUAAGUGCAUUU